UCUCAAUUUUUCACAAUCAACUCACAUUUCCAUUUCCUCUAAGGCUCUGUUUGUGCUACUUCCACUUUUCUCACUCAAAAAAUCUCAUUCUUAAAAACUAUAAUGGCAUACUCAAAGGUGAUUAUUGCUCUAAUGUUAGCAUUUGUCGCCGGAUCUGCUUUCGCACAAGCACCAGGAGCAUCUCCGGCAGCUUCUCCGAAGAGUUCUCCGGCACCGGUGGCGACUCCUCCUCCUACAACAUCAACACCACCUAUCGUUGCCCCUGCAAAUGCUCCUACUACUGCAUCCGAUUCUCCAUUGGCAUCUCCUCCAGCUCCACCAACUUCCGAGACUCCGGCGUCGUCUCCUUCCGGUGCUGCUUCUCCUCCAUCCAUUGCUGCCGCUCCCGGAGGUUCUCCUACUGAAUCUCCUAACUCUGCUUCCUUGAACAGAGUCGCAGUUGCCGGAUCUGCUGUUGUAGCUGUCUUUGCUGCUGCUUUGAUGCUCUAAAUCUGUGAUCUGUGAAAUAUUUUUCAUUUUUUACAUUCGCCGGAAUUGAUGGAGUUAGGGUAGUUGAUUUAUUUGUAUUAUAUAUUGUUAUUGUUGAAUACUAUUACGGAUUUCUUUAUUUAUUUAUGGAGAGCAAUAUGAUUAUGAUUUCCUCUU